CAAAGCAUCUAUUUUCACGAUUGACAACCCUCACGAUGUUUUCGGAACAAAAUACUGUAAUGGAUAUCUAGUUCUGUACGGUACAAGGUACCGUAGUCUUAACCAUCUAUCAAAUGAGUGAAACAACCGAGUUAGAUCAUGCUCGCGAUCACAUCUAUAAUUUCAACUACAAGCGCAAGAAAAAGCUCUCGGUCCAACACAAUAAAGAUCUCAAGCAGUGGGCUGCGAAUGUUUGAGGAUUGAUGUCUUCGCAUCGGCAUUAUGGUGGAAGGAUCAAGAGAUCCUGCGAUAAGGACAAGCAAUGGCGCGAACCAUAACAAUGGCGGCGAUCGCGACGGAGUUGAGGAGGAAAUGAGAAAUCCCGGUCGAAACGGAAAUGGUCACCCCUUUCCGUUGCUGUCAAUCGCAUCGUCUCCUUUCUCGUCGUUCACUUGGAGAAGCCGUCGAAUGAGCGACGAGGCAACGAACAGACACCGGACCGACUUUGUCGUUCUCGACGUCCUGGGAAGCGGCGGUUUUGGAAAGGUCUACAAGGUGCAAAACAAACUCGACUCGAAAUGCUACGCACUGAAAGUGGUGCCAAUGCCCGAGAGCGUGGACUUGGAACAUCCGACAACGUUCUCGGAUUCUAAUCCAUCUCGAAAGGAUCGCAACAACGAACCACUCCAAUUGCGCCGUGUGCUCCGCGAGGUCGAAAUCUUAUCGGGUAUUCCGAGCAACGACCACAUCGUGCGGUAUUAUGCCGCUUGGGUGGAGAAGACCGACGACGAGAACGACUUGCUAUCCCACAAUCAAGAAGAUAGCUGUUACAGUGACAGUUGCCGCGACUACCAGCAAUCCACAACAGAUUACGACGAAUCUUCCGUUAGCUACAGCAGUUCUGGUUACCGAUCGACAGAAAAAGAUAACGAUGAAGAGACUAGAAAAUACAAUCGCACUCGUCGUAGCGGUCCGGUUUGUCACUUGUGCAAAUUGUCCUAUGACGACUGGGAAGUUGGAUUCGAGUAUUGGGGAUUGAUCGAUUCGGUAUUGCAACCAUUGGAUUUGUGUGUCGACUGUUACAAACAGAGUCUUCCGAAUAACAUAGAUACGUCAAAGAUGAACAUACGCAAAGUAAGACCAUAUCGAAGACGCUUGUACAUUUUGAUGGAAUACUGCGACUCGACGCUGGAAAAGACAAUGAAAAUACUGCAGCAGGGUAGAAUGGGAAACAGAAAAAACGACCAUCUCCUCGAACAGACAGACAAAGCUACCAGCGACGGCUUUCAAAGCAACAACAACAACGACGACUUUGCCGAUAGGUGUUGGUCGUACUUUCGUCAAACAGUAAAAGGUGUGGCGCAUUUGCAUGCUAGUGGAAUUAUCCAUCGUGAUAUCAAGCCUAAUAAUGUGUUUCUGGCCAACGAAGGGCUGGCGGAAGGCACUGUAAAAAUUGGUGAUUUGGGGUUGGCGACCAUCGAUGCAACAAGAACAACUCCCGUCAGCAACGGUAGUCAUCAGGAUUUCGAAUCAGAGUCGGAAGAAGAAGGCGAAGAAAAGAAUACCGAAACAGACCCAAACAACAAAGCGAGCACAGGCGUCAAACAAUCCUCGGGGGUCGGAACUUUUCUGUAUCGAGCCCCUGAAAUAGAUACCGGCAGGUACAACGAGAAAUGCGACGUGUACUCGUUGGGAAUCCUACUCGUCGAAAUAUUCAGCAACUUCGAAACCGCCAUGGAACGAGCAAAGGUGCUCGGAGAUCUGAAAAGGACGCGUGCGACACCGAAGAAGACCCCGGUUGCCGCUGCCGGGGGAGACGGCGAGGGGUUAGCAUUUCACGUCCAUUUGGCACAUCGAAUGACUGCUCUAGAUCCAAACGAUCGACCCACUUGUGCGGAAAUACUGGACGAGCUGGACAACCUCUCGGUGUUCAGAUCAACCAAGGGAUCAAAUCCUUCUCGAUCUUCAUCGUCGUUGUCGUUGUCACCAUCACCAGCCAACGACGAGUACGAAGAAAAUCCCGUUCUGAUGGAGAAGGAUCGCGAAAUUGCUCGGCUUCGUAACUUGUUAGCGGCGCACGGCAUUAGCUACGAGGAAGAUGAUGCAAGAUAAGUCAUUGGAAACCUGUUGAUAUAACGUACGGUAUUUGAAUCGUUAUUCAUUCAAGAUGACAAAAUAUUUUACUUCGUAAUUCAAAAUAUUGUAUCUCUUGAAUGCAAUGUCCACAAUCGUUAUGAUUUGUUCUACUAGGCUAUAAUUUCCAGAGCGCUCACAAAUAGUAUCACUUGUCGAUGGUGUUUGUAUUCCACACCAUACUAACACGUUCAGAGACUAUUCUCUCGCAUUGCUCUCAUGGAAUUAUGAUAAGUUUCAAUCACGAAGUACUACCAUACAAUGGUACAAAGUACUACCUAAAAAUAGAUGCCAAAUACAAAAUACAGAACAUC